CCGGUAGGAAGAAGAAUUUGAAUAUAUAUCAGCAUGGCAAGGAGGUACAUCAUCAGAACAAGAAACACUUCACAAGAGAGUAACAACUUAUACGAGAACUAACGCAAUUUGAACAACAACAACAACAGAGAAGCAUUAGAAGAAACGCAAAGACGCCGAAGAAAUUUACAAGUAACACAAUGGAGAUGUCUGUCCCAAUGCUAACUUUUAUUAGCUGUAUGCUGAUACAACUCUCUCUAAUCAACGCUGAUCCAUACUUGCCGUACAAUCGUCCUGAAGGAAAAGCACGUCCCAUCAGGAGUUGUGGUGGAAAACCAGCAGAUAUUGUCUUUACUCUUGACUCGUCUUCAAGCAUAUGGGGCCCUGACUACCGAAAACAGAUAGAGUUUGUUCAAGACAUGGCCGGAUCAUUCCAGAUCGGACCAGAUAUGACACGUAUUGGAGUGAGCCAGUUCAGCGACCGUGUGCAUCUUUUGUUCCGCCUGAAAGAUUACAAGAACGUCGACGAUGUGCAAACAGCUCUGUACUACACUCGAAGAAGAUAUGGUGGAACAAACACAGCUGCCGCUCUUAGGCAUAUGGGCAACCGAAUGUUUUCUAAUUCGUAUGGCGGAAGAGGUGGAGAUGUUCCCAGAAUUGCCGUUGUUAUCACCGACGGUAUCAGCAGUGACAGGAAGAAAACUGUGCUGGAAGCAAAACAACUGCACCAGAAAGGGGUUACGGUUUUCGCCAUCGGUGUUGGGGCAAACAUCAACAAGAAAGAGUUGGAAGCGAUUGCCUCUGACCCAGAUGAACAAUACGUCUACACAGUUGACAACUAUGAUGCGCUAGAUACAAUUAAGAAUAUGCUGGCCAUGAAAGCUUGUGAAGUAAAGGAACCAACAACCCCUCCACCACCAGCUGAUCAACCGUGUGGAGCCAGACAGCCAGCUGAUAUCGUAUUCGCUCUGGGGGCUGACAAUUCAAACACCGAGAACCGCAACAGUGCUCUCGAUUUCAUAAACAAGGUCAUCAAGGAUAUGGAAGUUGGAAAUGACAAUAUCCAGGUCGGAAUGGUCCCAAAAGAUUGCAGUUCUCUAUCAGGCUUCACACCUAGCGAUUUCAACACGAAAGAUCAAAUCAAAAAUGGACUCGACUCCAACAAAGCCUCUCCAGCAAAAUCCGGAUCGGCUUUAGAGUACAUGCGCAAAACUAGCUUCACAGAAGAGGGUGGUUGUCGUAUGGAAGUGAAAAAGAUAGGGGUGGUGAUCAUAGAUGGUACAACCGAGGAUCUCGACAAAAUUGCUACUGAGGCAAAGAGGCUCCGGGAAAAUGACAUCGAGAUGUUCGCUAUAGGAGUGGGAAAAGAUAUAGACGAAAGUAUUCUCCGCCUCAUCGCCAGUGAACCAUCAAUGAGACACAUCUAUACCGCUGGGGACUAUGCCGACCUUCAGUUCAUGCGAAGUGAUUUUCUGGACGUCGUGUGUAAUGGCCUGUAAAAUUAUACCGUACGAUACAACUAACAAACCAAAGAGGCAUUCCAUGACGAGGGUAUCUAGAGCGUGAGAACAAUGCACACUGAGACGUGCGGCACAAACCUGUGACACUACAUGUAACACAUGAAAAUGCAAGCAACGGGGACAUUGAAUGUGAAACUUCACAAGUUUGACAUCAUAUGUAUACCACACUGCAAUGACACUAGACAUCAAAUACCAUCUUUGAAAACGGGCUGAGUGCAAUCAACCAUGUUACCUCCCACCCAGUGGCGAAGUAGCAUACUAUGAAUCUCAGAACAUAAAAUUAUUGAAAGACUAGAUCCCAGUAGAAGUAAAUUUAUUCAGAUUGAUAUUGAAUUCGACAUUUCCUUUACAUACUUCUAAGUUACACUUAAAAUCUGUAUGAACUUUGAAAUCGAUUUUUGUUUGGACAUUUGAUCUUAUAUAAAAUUGUAUAGCUUCCAUGUUAUCUGAACAAAGUAGUGGAACUGGGAACUAACUAACAAUUGGCAACUACAUCAUUGAUUAUUGAAUGAUACAAAGCUUAUGUAGUAAUAUGAGCUUGGCAAAUGUGUUCCACCACCGCUAAUUUACUAAUAAUGACAGGCACGUGUAAUAAUUAUCAAAACCAACGUUUUCACCAUUCAGUGUGAAAUGAAUAAUGAAUAUUUAUUCCAAUUGAAAGUAUAAACAGAAUAUUGUGUAAAUAUGUAAAUGACGCUGAUGUACAUUUUUGUAUAUAUAACAUUAUUUAUUUGUAUGCAUGAGAAAUCAUAAAAUGCUAAAUAUAUCUCAUUUUGGUCUAGUCAACAUUCCAUGUAUGACGUCAGCAUUUAGGUUCUACACUUCAGGAAUUAUGUAUAAGUUACACUUAUAGUUACACAAGUAUCAUCAAUAUAACUAUUUCAAAUGUGAUUUCGUGAAUCUGCAGGACCAUAAUGCUAACUUUACAUUUGACACUGUCUUACUAAUGUAUGCAACUUGUGUGCUAUUGUAAGAAUAAAUAAAAUGAUUCCAAUUCAAUAAAAA